AUAGAAGCAGACAAUGUCAACAAUAAGCCACGGCAAGUAGAGUAAGCUUAAAGAGUAGCUUCAUCUCGAUUUCCUUUGAUUGAUGUUCCCCCAAAGCGCCAUGAAUAAUUCGGCUCAGCUCGAGACUCACGCUAGAGAGCUUUCGGCCGCCAUCAGAAGCCUCACUGCGUAUUGCCAAAAUGCUCAGGCUCCUUUGGACAUCGCAAGCGCGGGUCCACCACAAUUGAUCCCCCCCAAUGCACCAAAAGAAGCUCAUCGUGCUAGAGAUGCCGCACUGGCAAGUCUCACCAAGCUCCAGAUAUUGUUGGCUGGUCCGACGGACUUUUUACAGCAAAUGGCUGGUCAAGUAUACACAGCUAUUCUCCACUCCAGAGUACCGUGACUCAGCUAAUUCUGAUUGCAUAAAACAGACCCAAGUGCUCGCCUGCAUCCAGUGGCUGGGGGAAUUCCAAGUGCCCGCCUGUAUCCCUCUAGACGGCAGUGCAGUGAUGAAAGACGUAGCAGAUCUCAUCGGCGUCCCAGAGUCGCAAUUUUCUCGCAUCGUCCGAAUGGCCACCACGGCUGGAUUUCUGCACGAGCCUCAGCCGGGAUAUAUAGCUCACAGCGCCUUGUCGGCGGCGUUCGUUACGAAGCCGUCAUAUCUAGACGCCGCCAUGUUUCUGGCGGGCACGGCCGCUCCAGCUGCGUUGCAAAUGCCGGCCGUUACCAAACAGUGCUCCGGACCGAGCAAAAAUGAUGCACUCAACGUCGCUUCUCAUAGCCCGCCUUUUGCAAAUCCAGGCGAAACUCAACUUCCCCGGCUUCAGCGUCAGUGGGAUGCGUAUCUCCGAUACGGAGCGGGGUAUAUUUGCAAUACAGCGACAGAUAUUCUGACCUGUCUUGAGCCCCUCCGGAUGAAAAAUGCGUCUGUUGUCGAGGUUGGAGCACGAUCAACUGAACGAGCGAUAGCACUGGCAAAUGAAUAUCCGACACUCCAUUUCACAGUCCAAUUAAACUCAGCACACGCUUCGCCUCCCAUCAGGAACGGAGCAUCAACUUUAAAACUCGACAGGACGCGACAUCCUCGCGUUACCAUACAGCAUCGAGUCCCUGGAACCCCACAGACAAUCCAGGAUGCAGCAGUUUACAUAAUAAACUUCCCCUCGCCGACACCGGGGAUAUCAUCCACUUCACUCGCAGCACAAAUAAGCAGCGAACUGAGAGCGCAUUUGAAUGCGCUUUGUCUGAAUCGGUCAGCCACGUUGGUGAUUACCGCACCUUCAUUUCCGGAACGUGGGUCAGCCAGUUCUGAAGCGGCAACCCUGACGCGGAUACGAGAUUUGUCGUUAUUGCAACUGGCCAAUGAGCGGGAACUGGAGAUAUCAGAGGCCAUGAAUUUGCUAGAUGGAGCUACUGACGGGGAGGGAAGGCUGGUCUUGGUCAACAAGGUCAGGUCAGCGGCAAAGAAUGGCGCGGUUGCUUUGGAGGUAAAAUAUCGGGCAUAUACGGACCGAUGAAAAGAGUAUAUAGAAUAGAUGGCUAGAAAUCUAUCGAACCAAGUAGAAUCCUUGGCAGAGUUCGUGUAUGUACGCCUCUUAGCUAGGUAUCUCG